AUGGCCGCUGCUACUGAAAGUGCGCCGAGGAUCCAUUCCACCGAAGCCUCGGACUCUUCAAUGGGUGUGAGGACAAUUCCUAUCAUCGCGCCGACCAUCCAAAUGUCUACACCAUCCCCGGGAGAGCCCAUGGAUAUCACGACCCCGACGGGCUCGUCCGCCCCGGCCUCGGCCACCAAGAGCCCGGACCGCGACGUCAAGGUCAACGGGGCCGCCACCAACGACCGACUGCAACCACCCGCUCCGCAACACGAACAACCAUCCCACGACAACACCAUGCCAGCGCCAGCCGUGACAGCGCCCGCCGUCCACCAGCCGAAGGUCCAGACGGCCUUCAUCCACAAGUUGUGGAGCAUGCUGGAAGACCAAAAGAUACAACAUCUAAUCUCGUGGACGGCGAACUCGGACAGCUUCGUCAUUCAGCCGUCACACGAGUUUUCCAAAGUGCUUUCGCAAUACUUCAAGCACACCAACAUCUCGUCUUUCGUGCGCCAGCUGAACAUGUAUGGGUUCCAUAAAGUGAGUGAUGUCUUCGCGCACGGAACGCCCGACUCGACCAUGUGGGAGUUCAAGCACGGCAACGGCAACUUCAAGCGGGGAGACAUGAUUGGGCUGCGCGAGAUCAGACGUCGAGCUUCUCGCCACGCGCUGGUGCACAGGGAGUACAACAACCAGAGGCCGCCGCCGUCGCAGCCCGGGACGCCCUCGGAGCCCGUACCGCCCGCGCAUGAAGUGACGAACCCGAAAUUGAGCAGUAUCGAGCACACCCUUUACGACCUGAGCGCGCGGCUGCAGCGCCACGAGGAGAACGCCCAGUUCAUGCAGGUCAAGAACGAGGUCAUGAUGGACACGGUGGCCCGCCUGCUGCAAUAUAACCAGGAUUUAUCGCGUGCCGUCCUGGCUCUCACCCCCAACCCAGACAACCCGAUACAUCGGGACGUGGCGGCCCUGCAGUCGGAUGUCCAGCGGCAAAUGGAUGUGUUCCGCACUCUCGAGCAGCCCCACGAGCCCGUCUUUGCCAGCACCCGCCCCUACUUCGCCAACGUGGAGAACGCUCCCGUGUCGCCGCGCCAAUUACCCCAAGACGAUCCCCGCAGAAACAAUCUCGCGGUUCCCCAGCCGCGGCAAUCCAAUUACUACCGCCCCUCGGUACCCUCGAACUUGUCUAUUAGCACCCGCCGCCCAUACGGAUCGAUAGGCGGCAACAGCACACAAUCCUCACCGUCAUCGAUCCGUGUCCAGCCGCCCCCGCCCCCGCCGCCCGGGCCGCAUCCCUUGGCAAACGUGGAGCUUCCCCCUGGUAGUCUCGCGCGGCGGCACACCUCGGCCGACAUCCGGGCCCACGGGUGGCAGCCGAACCCGCCUCCGUUCGCGUCCGGCCCUCCGUCGUCGCAGUGGCCGUCGUCGCCUAGCCGCCUCGCGCCCGGCGACGACCAGCGCAUCCGCGAUUCCUUCUCCCACUAUUCGCUUCAGCCCGCCUCGCAACCGCACUCCCGCCCGGCGACACCCCCGCUGCCGCACCUGUCCAACGGCGGCCCGCCCCCCGGAGUGGACACGUUUGCAAACUGGUCGUGGAACUCGGCCAACAACCGCAGCGACAACAGGAACCUGAUGGUCAAGGACCACUCGGCGCCGCCUACGCGGAGAGGCAGCAUGGCCCACAUCCUCAACCCGACCGAUACGGCCGAGCGCGCAGAUGAGGACGGACUGGAUCCCAGGGGAGACGACGAUCGGAAACGGAAGAGGUUGCAGUAA